UUUGAGGGGUUAUCUUAGUCUUAGAAGAAGCAGUCGACGAUAUUGAAGAUGGCGAGAGGUUCCCGGUGUUUGCGGAGAGCGGUAGCCGAAUGUAUCAAACAAUUGCCAUCUUCAAGUAGCCGAGAAGUACCGGGAAGGAGUGGAGUGAGGUAUCUGUCAUCAUGCGGGAUUCUGAUGACGCGAGUGCCGCCGCUGCUGGGCGCUAUGUCCGGCCGCGCAGUGGUGGCCCCCACGCGCAGCUUCUUCAACCUGGCCGACACACUCAACAAGAGGAAGGAAUAUUCUGAGAGACGCAUCAUUGGGUAUUCCAUGCAGGAGAUGUACACCGUGGUCGCUGGUGUGGAGGACUACCUACACUUUGUGCCCUGGUGCAAGCGGUCGGAUGUCGUCUUCCGCCGCACAGGCUUCUGCAAGGCCAAGCUCACCGUUGGCUUCCCUCCAGUAGUGGAAAAUUACACUUCCCUGGUCACCACAGUGCGUCCCCACAUGGUCAAGGCUGCCUGCUCUGAUGGUAAACUCUUCAAUCACCUGGAGACAGUGUGGCGUUUCAGCCCUGGUCUUCCUGGCUACCCACGCACGUGCACUCUUGACUUUGCUAUUUCCUUUGAGUUCCGCUCACUGCUACACUCUCAGUUGGCCACAGUUUUCUUUGAUGAGGUGGUGAAGCAGAUGGUGUCGGCCUUCGAGCGCCGUGCGAAGAAACUCUACGGUCAAGAGACGGCCAUUCCCCGUGAGCUGAUGUUCCAUGAGAUCCACCACACGUAGCGCACGCUCUCAGGCACGUGGAAAAGAGGCGGGGCUAAAAGG